ACGAUGGAUAGAAAAGAUCCCAGUCAAGAAUUAAGUACCAAAGACGGGGUGCCAGAGAUAGCCAGCAGAGAAGACGAGCUAGUAUCCCAACCUGAGAAAGGUGGGUGCGAAAAGAAAGACGCUAGUCAGGACAAAGAAACCCAAGAUGACAGACAGGGAAAGAUAGACAAUUCUGAUUUUGACCAGGAUGUUUGUAGACUUUUGAGAAAAAUAGAUGAAGGAACUUUAAUAUCUUUGUUUGUCAAAGAAAGAGUAACUAUGGAGAUUUUGAUGGAUCUAAAUGACGCAGAUCUUCGUGAGGUUGGAGUCGGUACAUUUGGCCAAAGACACAAGAUAUUAAAGGCAAUAAAAGAAUACAGAGAGAAGAAGGAGAAGAAACAGAAAAAGACCUUGUGUAGACUUCAUCCAUUUAAUACUACAUGUCCAGGACGAAAACGGAAGUCUCACAAUCAAACCAGUUAUGGGUAUCAAUGCAAAGUUACAAAGAAAAUGAAAACAACCAUUCCAACAGAAUUAUCUGUGGUGACUUCAACAGCUUCCAGUAUACAACCUCCAGCUUCAGUAAUAACGACAGGCUCACCUUCCUGUCAGACGGCAGUUACCCAAUCUUGCCAAACCCUGAAUGUGUCUUCUACCACAUCACCUUUACAUAAUGUUAGAUCAUCAAUAACAGCACCAACAACAAUACCAACAACUCACUUAGCCAUAACAACAUGUGGUUCAACAUCAACAGUGCUAACAACUAACAUACCAUUAACAACACAUGGGACAGCAUCAACAGCACCAACAACUAACCUACCAAUAACAACAAAUGGAACAUCAUCAGCGAUUUCAGCAACAGUCACAGCAAGCGUUGCAAGAUCUGCAACAACGACAACUUCUUCACCAACAUCAAUCAUUGGAACAUUGCCAUCUGCAUUUCCUGCAAUACAAAACAAUUUAUUAUCUUCCACAGUAACAACACCAAUAUGUUCAUCAGCAAUAUUUUCUCAAGCGACUUCCAACUCACCCAAUCUUGUUACAAAUUUCUCAAUAACAAGCACCUUGUCCAGUUAUAUUGUUACAACAUCCAGUAUUGGGAGUAUUGCGGUCUCAAGUCUUAUAACAUCCACCAGUAAUUUACCGAGUACAGUAUCAACCUCUUUAACAGCAACAUCAAACUGUGCUGUAACAGUGCCUGUCACUAAUGUCCUUGGAAAUCCAAACACAAUUACAGACGAGGAAAACAAUUUUUUACGCUAUUAUCUACUAGCCCAACUUGGUACACAUGCCCUUAGAUUUCUGUUUGACUCGUUUGUUCCACCCGCGACAUUGACGAGUCACCUGAAGAAAGUACAAACAACAUUAAAGAAGCGCUGUAAUCCUCAACAGCUGACCAUCUUGUAUCCAGCUGCCGGUGGACCAGUUUCCUCAACAGACUAUGAUACUUCUCUUUUGUACACUCUUCUGCGCAAUACUGUGAAAAUCGCAGUGCCCACUGGCGGCUGGAGCAAGGAACCAAGAUAUUGUGAUAUCUCACAGGGUGAUGAUGUAGAGAGAAUAAGAUUCGCCAGAAAUUCAUUAUGUCACGGCAAAUCUUCGAUGGAUUUACCAACGUUUAAGUCCAAAUGGUUAGAUAUCUCUAAGGCUAUAGGACGUCUGAGCAGCGGAUCUCUUAAUGCUGAGGUUGUUUCCUUAUCUACAAGGAAAUUUGACAGAACUGAGCAACAAAGCAUAUUAGACGAUUUCUCUCUCCUAAAGAAAAGAGUUGAAAAACUGGAAAGAAAACACAUCCCAAAUAAUAUCCAUGAACAACAUGAAAAGAUGUUUGAUGAAUGGAAAGAAGAGCAAAUGGUUUUUUGCAAAACGAGAGCAUUUCAGAAAGUGAGAUCGGAAAUUGAAUCCAAAGAGAUCGUGACAAUAAUUAGCGGACCAGGAAUGGGUAAAACAUUCAUUGCCAGACGGGUAUGCCUUCAACUACAGGACGAAGGUUGGGAAAUUAUUCCUGUGAAUCACAUUGAAGACAUGAUGACCUAUCGUCUUGUCAGCAUCAAUCAAGUUUUUCUUCUCGAUGAUCCCAUAGGGGUCUUUGGUUUUGAUAGAUCAAUUUCAAAUUCCAUUGAAAGAAUUUUUGAGUCCAUUUAUCUUUCAAAGAAAACAAAAUUUAUUUUUACUUGCAGAAAAUCAGUCUUUAUUGAAUGCGAAAAACAACCUACUUUUUUAAAAAAUAUAAUCGAUAUUGGAUGUCCGGAUUAUACGCCAAGUGAGAUUGAAAUGAAGGAAAUGUUAAAUUCUCAUUGUGAAAGAGCAGGAAUGGUUAAAACAAUUUACAAGAGUGUAAACUUUAAAUGUGGCAUGGCGAUGUUUCCUCUUUUAUGCCGAUUAUUUUCAAAAGGUAAAGAAAACCAGAAAUUGGGAAAUUUGUUUUUCGAAAAACCAUAUCAGAGUAUCAUAGAACAUUUCAUUAAAAUGAGAAAUCAAAACGAAUCCCAUUAUGCUGCACUUAUUUUAUGUAUGCUCAAAGAUAAUCAUUUGAAAAAAGAGGAGGUUUCUGAAAGUUUUCAGAUGAUUAGCGCUAACUUUGAUGUCAGUUUGCCUCGUAUACGCAGGUCAUUAAAAGAACUGACUGGAACAUAUGUUGUUAAACAAAAUAAGAUUUAUUCAUUCUACCAUGACUCAUUGUUUGAGGUUGUUGCCUAUCUUCAUGCUUCUAAAUUCCCGGGACAGGUUCUAGACUCACUAAGAAGUAGCUAUAUUGCAAAUAAUGUUCUUGUCACCGAAGAAGCUGUAGGGUCAUCUUGUACAAAUCUCUGUAUCUGCCUUAAAAAGAAACAUUACAUCUUACUUGCAAAAAGAUUGUUGAAAGAUAUCAAAGACGUACAAUUUUACGACGUUUUUGAUGGGAAAGCUCUUAAAAGCAAAGAAUUUUUAGAUUACUUUAUUUCUUAUCUUGAUAAUGUAUCCAAUGACGAUUUAGCAGACUUGAUUUUAACGAUUCAUUCAUCCGAUACGAAUAUAGUGAGCUACAAUAGAGAAACGUCGGAUAAAGUAAAAUACUGGGGAGUAGAUUACUAUACACACAAGCUCCUUCUAGGGGAACAAAUAAUAACUAAAGCUUACCGCGGAAAAGGGAAAGGCAAGUUCGAUCAUAAUGAUGCAUCUCAAUUCAGUGUUGUAGCAGUGAGUUGGCUCAUUUGUUUUGGACACGUACGGCUUUUAUCCUAUAUACUCAAAAGAUUUGAUAACAUUCCACAUUUAUUGAAUAUAAAAAAGAAUGAAGGUUCAAGACUGCUUGUAUUGGCGUGUUUUAAAGGAAAUGUAAAUGUUGUACAGAGACUUAUUGAUUGGCUAGGAAGAUCACAUAUUAACCUUGCUCCAAGGGAUACGUAUGACCUUUAUAAUGAACACUUGUGUUACACCCCGUUAACAGCUGCUGUUAUUUCCAGCAACAAGUCAGUGAUUGAGGCACUUGUUGAAGAGGGAGGCGAUGUAAAUAGGCAGGAUAAUACCUUUGAGGGAGACACCCCUCUUACUACAGCCUGUAGACUAGGAUAUAAUACAGUUGUAGAAACCCUGUUAUGUUGCAAGGCAGAUGUUAACCAAGCCAGUGCUUUUGGACGAUCUCCAUUGUUCUGGGCCUCACGUAUGUCUAGAUGUGAACUAGUGGAAUUAUUGUUACAAAGAAAUGCUGAUGUGAAUCUUUCUGAUGAUGAGGGCAGGUGUCCUAUACAUGAAGCGACAGAACGAGGCUUCCUUGAUAUUGUGAAACUUUUGGUGGAAAACAAUGCCGACACAACUUCUGUAGAUAAAAAUGGAAAAAUAGCAGUCACUGCAGCUUUUGAGAAAAACCAUUACUCGAUUAAAGAAUACCUCAUUUCACAAUGUAAGAACAGGGAUCCAUUUCAAGAUGACAUUGUUCUUGAUUUCAUCCAGAAAACCUUUGGUAUAUCAAAAAAAAUGGAAACUUUAAAAUCAAACACAAGUUCUCGAUUUUCAUGUCUUUUUGAGCUUGUUCUUGAAUCUAAAAAUAUCCUUCCUCCGAAUUGGCAGUCUUAUUGUUUUCAACAAAAAAUCAUUUCAAAAGAGUUAUCAAUCUUAAAAUGUUUGUUCAGUCACGGUUAUAAUUUGAAUUCUGCGGAUACUUUCAACCCAAAAUUAUUGUUUGUGGCAUCGGAAAAUGGAUACAUUGAGACUGUUGAACAAUUAGUAAACCAGGGAGCGGAUGUCAGUAUUUAUAAUGAUGACAAAAUUACACCGCUGUACCUCGCAUCACAGAAUGGACACAUGGAGAUCGUUCAAUAUUUAAUAGAACAUGGUGCCAAUGUCAAUAUUUAUGAUAUUGAAAAUGUUACACCGCUGUCCAUGGCUUCACAAAAUGGACAUACUGAGAUAGUUAAACAUUUAAUAGAACAUGGUGCCAAUGUCAAUAUUUCUACUGAUAAAAAUGUUACACCGCUGUUGAAAGCAUCACAGAAUGGACACAUGGAGAUCAUUCAAUAUUUAAUAGAACAUGGUGCCAAUGUCAAUAUUUAUAAUAUUAAAAAUGUUACACCGCUGUACAUGGCUUCACAAAAUGGACAUACUGAGAUAGUUAAACAUUUAAUAGAACAUGGUGCCAAUGUCAAUAUUUAUAAUAUUAAAAAUGUUACACCGCUGUACAUGGCUUCACAAAAUGGACAUACUGAGAUAGUUAAACAUUUAAUAGAACAUGGUGCCAAUGUCAAUAUUUAUAAUAUUGAAAAUGUUACACCGCUGUCCAUGGCUUCACAAAAUGGACAUACUGAGAUAGUUAAACAUUUAAUAGAACAUGGUGCCGAUGUCAAUAUUUCUACUGAUAAAAAUGUUACAUCGCUGUUGAAAGCAUCACAGAAUGGACACAUGGAGAUCGUUCAAUAUUUAAUAGAACAUGGUGCCAAUGUCAAUAUUUAUAAUAUUGAAAAUGUUACACCGCUGUCCAUGGCUUCACAAAAUGGACAUACUGAGAUAGUCAAACAUUUAAUAGAACAUGGUGCCAAUGUCAAUACUUAUACUGAUAAAAAUGUUACAUCGCUGUUGAUAGCAUCACAGAAUGGACACAUGGAGAUCGUUCAAUAUUUAAUAGAACAUGGUGCUGAUGUCAAUAUUUUUAAUGUCAGAAAUGUUACACCGCUGUUCCAAGCAUCACAUAAAGGACACAUGGAGAUAGUUCAGUAUUUAAUAGAACAUGGUGCUGAUGUCAAUAUUUAUAAUGUUGAAAAUAUUACACCGCUGUCCAUGGCUUCACAAAAUGGACAUACUGAGAUAGUUAAACAUUUAAUAGAACAUGGUGCCGAUGUCAAUAUUCAUAAUGUUGAAAAUGUUACAUCACUGUCUAUUGCUUCACAAAAUGGACAUACUGAGAUUGUUAAACAUUUAAUAGAACAUGGUGCCGAUGUCAAUAUUUUUAAUGUCAGAAAUGUUACACCGCUGUUCAAAGCAUCACAAAAUGGACACGUGGAGAUAGUUCAAUAUUUAAUAGAACAUGGUGCUGAUGUCAAUAUUUUGCCUCACAGAAAGGACAUACUGAUCGAGACAGUCAAAUAUUUAAUAGAACAUGGUGCAGAUAUCAAUAUUUAUACUGAUCGCUGUUCUUGGCAUCACAAAAUGGACAUACUGAGAUAGUUAAACAUUUAAUGGAACAUGCUGCCGAUGUCAAUAUGUAAAAUGUCAUAAAUGUUACACCGCUUUUGAAAGCAUCACUCUAUGGACACACUAAGAUAGUUCAAUAUUUAACAGAAUAUGGUGCAGAUGUCAACAUUUAUGAUGUUGAAAAUGUUACACCGGUAUUGGAAGCAUCAGAGAAUGGAAACACUGAGAAAAUUCCAAUAUUUAGUAGAACAUGGUGCUGAUGUCACCGCUGUUCAUGGCUUCACAAAAUGGAUAUACUGAGUAGUUAAACAUUUAAUAGUACAUGGUGCUGAUGUCAAUAUUUAUGAUUUGAAUUCAUUUUGACAAAAGUAAAAUUGGUGGAAACAAGUAUUUUAAUGUCCAUGAAAUUUUUCUGCUCAAUACACAAGGAUCAUUCAACACGAAUAAGUCAAUUAUUAUAUCUUCCCUCGUUAGACAUAGAUAUUUGUUAGUGUUACCACGUUUUCAAUGUCGGCACUACGCAGUAGGAAUCUGAACAGAUAAUUAAAAAGUAUCUACAAGAUGAUGAUAAGCAAAAUUUUAAAUUGAAAUUUUAGCUUAAUUGCAAGAAUUUCUUGUGAUCAAGAAUAAGAAGGUUACAGCGAUUUUUUUCAUAAACAGCAAGCUGAUCCAGUAAAGCAAUAGCUAUGCUCCUUUAUUCUUUUUAAUUUUUAUAUCAGUGUUCACGUCAAUAGAGUAACUUUUUGUUAAUGAUGAAAUGAUCUUCAAAUAUUUCAAAACCGGAUUAAGAAUAAUUAGAAGACUACAAGACUCCAAACCCAUGUGUUAAGGAUUUAGA